UAAUAUAAAUCCAUAUAAUAUAGUGUUAAGUACUAUUGAAGAGUUUUGUGUCCGUUUGCAUAUACUUCCAUAUACGUCCGUAGCGGUUUAUUUAUUAUUUUCUCAAUAUUAAAUAAUAAUAUUAAGUAUUAUUGUUCUAACACCGCCGUGACUGCUGAUCAGUAGUUGUUAUAUCGGUAAACCGUUAAUAAUAGUGUUGUUAAGCUGCUGUUAAGUUACACGCAUUUACAAAGAAUAAGUGGCGGUAAAAUCAGAGCAGCGCGACAGCGUUGUUAUUCAUAACUUGAUUUGUAAACAUGAGGUUCAAGAAAAAAAUCAUGCUGCGCUUGAAAAAAGGCUUUUCGGAGCACUUACUUCAAGUGGCACUGCUGUUAUCGCUUAUCGGUUCCGACCGUUUGGGGCCUACGUUUGGUAUUUGGUCUUCGGUUCCGUCAGCCGAAGUUGAAGUUGGCCCUUUACAACAUUGGAACACAGAUGGCUAUUCACAGGCAUUCGGGCCAUUUUCUGAGAUCCAUCCUAAAAGCGUCGAACGAGAUUUAGACCGGCAAUGGUUACUCAGCGAAUUGCUCUCUCUAGGUCGUUAUAGUGAAAGAUAUCCAUCAAAUAUCGAAGCCUAUUUAUUAAAUGUAGAUGGUAGCGACGGUAAUGACAAUCAGCAACCUGGAGGUCAGGGUGUUGUAAAAACUGAACCUAAGGAAGAAGAUAGCGGCAACGGCGAAGACGAUGAUGACGCGGAGAAUCCGUUUGACACAGAUAUAGUCCGUGACGUUUUUACUUUAGAGCCAGAGGAUGCAGAAUUGGUUGAAGCCUUGUGGAAAGUCGAUUUGGAUUAUGGAUCCUCAGCUACUAAUACCCCAGUUGGCGAACAACGAGCUUUCCCUUUCAGCAAUGACGUUGACUCAUUUUUGUUACCCGGAGAUGAACCUCCGUCGUGGAAUCGUACUUAUAACAGCCCUCUAAAUUCAUCAGAUCGCAAUUGGUUCUUGCCUCCAUUGGGUUUCAACUCUAGCGAUUUUCAUGACGAAGAAGCAACUGAACGUAGCCGAGAAAGCUUGGAUAAUUAUUGGGAGGUCAGUCGCUGGCUAGUGGAUCUCAGAUCAGCAGGUGAUAACACUCGAUCGAGGCAAACUUCGACCAAUAAUGACACCGAAACAUCGGAUUUGGAUGCUGAAGAAUAUAAGUAUAGCAAAUCAACUAAUGAAAAUAUUUCUUCUAGAGUAACUUCAUCCCCAAAGGCGAAAGAAUCUUCGUGUUACGAACCGUCGUUUGAAUUUGACUUGGACGAUUUCGAGUCGUUUGCCGACGAUAUGAUGCAGUGUUAUUCUCAACCCCCUCCAUCCACCAGACACUUUCAGGGAAGAAUGGGUUAUGCCAGAUCUGGUGGAAACAGCAUGGACCAACGAGGUUGGCAAGAUUUGGCAGCAUGUAGUCCGAUGUUAGCCUUUCCUGGUGAAGGUCAGCACCAACAUUACGCACAACAUCCGUCCACUGUCAACUACCCUGGCCCGAGCAUGUAUCAUCCGAAUUCUUCGGGCAACGUUCUGCUACAAAAUGUCAGUCUAUGCGCUCCACCACACCCACCUCCACCAGUCACUACAUCCGAUAUGAGCCAUGGCUCAUCAUCACUGCACCCCAUAUCCCAUUACCACCACCAUCCAUCACCCUUGGGUAUCUCAACUAAUUGUAAUCUUAGCUCCGCGGUGGCUACGUCUCUCCAUUUGCCUAGCAGCUCUUCAGAGCAGUCGCCGUCGUUCAAAACUGAACCAACGCAACAUCAACACGAAAUGAUGUUCCCUUAUCAAAAUCAUAAUAAUGAAAUGACACCGUCGUCGGAUGGUUUACUGUCUUCAAUAUUAAACGAUGACGAUUUGCAAUUAAUGGAUCCAGCAAUGGCACCAGACGGCAGUAUGUAUCCAGUUAGAAUGAUGGAUAGUGCAAGUUCAGUACCUUGUAACAACACUAUGAACAUGGUGCAGAAUAGUAGUGCUGGUGGAGAUUCUGACAGUGCAGUAAGCUCGAUGGGGUCGGAACGUGUACCUUCAUUAUCUUCAGAUACAGAAUGGAUGGAGACAAAUUCUGAUAGUGGACACAAUGAAGUUUAUCCUUCACAUUUACACCAAGAUUAUGGAAAAAUGAGAUGGUUGGAUAAUUACCUUUAUUCUGGUAGUGGUCGAGGUCAUUCAACCCCUCAAAAGAAGUAUCAAUUGUAUGGAAGGCGUAUGGUUGAUCCAGCAGCAGGUACCUCAAAUGGUUCUGAAUCGUCUAGACAAAACCUUGCUGGAAAUAUGGUAUCUGAUACACUCAACAUACCUUAUGACAUGUCUUUAAGAGAUGGAAUCCCAGUGCCCGGUUCUUCUCAUUUUUCAAGACAUAUUGCAGGUUGCUCAAGAUUGUUAACUCCAGAACACCAAGUAGCUCUUAACCACACUUAUGCUAUGCCACCAGAAGGACUACCCAGAAUACCUCGUACAAAACUCAAGAAUAAUUACAAAAGAAGUGAAGAUGAACAAUUAACAAGAGAUGAAAAAAGAGCUAGAAAUCUUAAUAUCCCAAUAAGUGUGGAUGACAUAAUAAAUUUACCUAUGGAUGAGUUUAAUGAACGAUUAUCUAAAUAUGACCUUUCUGAAAGCCAAUUGACAUUGAUUAGGGAUAUAAGACGUCGUGGUAAAAAUAAGGUGGCAGCUCAAAAUUGCAGAAAACGAAAAUUAGAUCAGAUACUCAGUUUAGCUGAUGAAGUUAAACAAAUGAAAGAUAGAAAGUUUAAUUUAUUACAAGAACGGGAAUAUUUAAUGACCGAAAGGAUGAGAGUGAAAACAAAAUAUGAUCUUCUUUACAACCAUAUAUUUGCUAGUUUAAGAGAUCCAGACGGUAACCCAUACUCACCAUAUACACAUACUUUGCGUGAGCAACCUGAUGGUAGUGUCAGUAUUGUGCCGAGAAAUAAUGUAACCCAGACUGAACGGAACCCUCGGCCUAAGCAGUCUAAGGAUAAGUAGUUACUUGUUUAGAAACUGCUUGAAAUUAUGAAUUUUAUAUUUUUUAAAUGCUGUGAUAUGAAAUUAUUGAUGGUCUUGGCCAUCACAAAAUUAUCAGGGAGCCGUGUGUACUUAAUAAUUUUGCUCAACUAUUUGCAAGUUUUUUUUAUUAUUUUCCCAAAGACAUCGCAGAUCAUAUGAUUUCUCCUUGAUGAAAACUUUAUUAAUUUAUUUUUAAAUUAGGUUGUAUUAUUUUUUAUGAAAAAGUAUAAUUAUAAAAAAAAUUUUAAUGAAUAUUUUAAAAUAAUCGAAAGAUUUAGGACAGAUUUUGUUUUAUUGAAUAUUUUUUGACUCGCAUUAACAUUUUAUUCACAGAACAAAUUAUUCUGCUCAAUGCGUGUCACCUUUGACAAAUCUCUCAUUAGUUAUUUUUUAUAAUUUUUUUCUCCUUGAUAACAAGUUCUCUUAUUUUCUUUUAAUAGGGAAAUGGAAGGUAUUUGGUUGAAUUAGAAAAUUUAUAAUUUAUUAUUUUUAUUUUUAAUUUGGUGAUUUUCUAAUUAAUUUAUUGUAUAUUAGCUUUUCUUUUUCUCUCUGUAACCAAAAAUGUAUUGACAAUCUUAUAUGUCACUGCGUUUUGGGCUUAUUAAUAUUGUAAAAAUUUAUAAAUAUUUAAUAUCUAAAGUAACAUG